AGAACGCGUCAGCAGCUGAUCCACCGGCAGCAUGAAGCGGUCGUUGCGGACCUGUGCGACCUUGGCUUUUGGAGCUGGACUCGGGGCUUCAGUGACCCACCUGCUGUGUGCCAGAGGCCGAGGAGAUGAAGCGGAGAGUUUCGGUCUACUUAGCAGAAUCCCGGUGGUCCCGAUACCGCAAGUCCAGGCCUCCGAGCUGACGGUGAGUCCAGGUGGGUCAGGAGUGGUGAUGAAGUAUGGCUUCCCUUCUUUGGCCAACAUUAAGACCAGAGAGUCCUAUGUCACCUCGUACGAUCCCCGAACACGCACUGCAUCCUGGGUGAUAGAGAGGCUAAACCCCGCCACUCUGAACGGCUCAUCAGACAGGAAGUUUUGUGAAUUCAAAGAGGAUGAAAGUGUUCACGUGUUUCACAGAGCGACCAAUGCUGACUACAGAGGCAGUGGCUUUGACAGAGGUCACCUGGCUGCUGCAGCCAAUCACAAGUGGAGUCAGAAAGCCAUGGAGGACACUUUUUACCUGAGCAAUGUUGCACCACAGAACCCUCACCUGAACCAGAAGACCUGGAAUAACCUGGAGAAAAUGUGUCGCUCUUUGACAAAGCGUUACAUUAAUGUCUACGUCUGCACAGGACCUCUCUACCUGCCAAGGCAGGAGGCUGAUGGGAAACUCUACGUUCGGUAUCAAGUUAUAGGGCAAAGCCAUGUCGCUGUGCCGACACAUUUCUUCAAGGUGGUGAUUCUGGAGCAAGCAGAUGGAAGAGGGGUGGAGCUUAGGUCUUAUGUUUUACCGAAUGAACCAGUAGAUGAGAAGAUUCCACUGGAGCGUUUUCUGGUUCCCAUUGAAACCAUUGAGAGAGCAUCUGGACUUUUGUUUGUUCCAAACAUAAUGAAGAGGACCAGUAGCCUGCAAGCAAUCACUAGCAGAUAAACCUCACUACCUACAAUGCACAUCUGCUUUAUGGACUACAGUGUCUGAGCUUCUCUCCUCCAGGAGAUUUUAAAUCCAAUGAGUGCAGUACUGCCAUUAUCAAAUAUAAAAACUACAGAAAUGCUGGUCUUUAGUACAGUACCCAUAAUCCUCUUUUGUGGUUGUACAAGAAGCCAGUGUGACGGCUGAGUAGAGAAUGAAAGGAAAUAAUGUUGAAACUAUUUUUGAUGGUCAAAACUUCAUCAUGUUGUAUCAUUUUCCUGCUUGGUAUAUCCUAUAAUUUGUCAUAUUGACACAAUACAAAGUUCAUUUUCUAUUUAUUCUAUAUCUCCUCUGUAAGAACAAGUACAAUUUUUGAUUAGUCCAAA